AAAAGUUAAUAUCCUUCUCUCUAUCACUCUCUCUCUUUCGUGAUGGAAGCUCAACACCUUCAUGGCAAGCCUCAAGCUGAAGGAGAAUGGUCCACAGGCUUCUGUGAUUGCUUCUCCGACUGCGGAAACAGUUGUAUCACAUGCUGGUGUCCAUGUAUUACAUUUGGCCAAGUCGCUGAGAUUGUAGAUCAAGGAUCAACCACGUGUGGUACGGCUGGAGCAAUAUACACGUUGAUAAAUUUUUUCACGGGUUGCGGAUGCCUCUACUCGUGUUUCUAUCGUGGAAAGAUGAGAGCUCAAUACAAUAUUGGAGGCAAUGAUUGUGGAGAUUGCCUUAAACAUUUCUUCUGCGAGCUCUGUGCUCUCACUCAGCAAUACCGUGAACUCAAGAACCGUGGCUACGAUAUGAAACUUGGUAUUGAUUUCUUUAUACCUGAAUUUUUCUUUUUAAUUUUGUAUUGUAAUCUCAAAAUAUUCACAUUCAUUAAAUUAAUGUGGUAUUUUAGGAUGGGCCGGCACUACAGGAAAUAA